CAGGGUGCGCGGUGCCUGGCGGCGGGCACGGGCCGCGCUGGGCCCUGCCGCUCCGCCCGCCGCUCUGCCUCGCCUGCGCUGUGGAGACCCUGGGCGACGGCGGCGCCUCGGUGGGCAGCGCCUGCCGGGGAGGGCCGGCCUCCGCCGCCGGGCCACGCGGCGGUCCCCCCAGACCCCCGCCCCGAUCCCGGCGCGGAGCGCUGACGGGUUCUUUGUCCCUCUGUCCGCCCCGCAGCUGGUGCGCAGGAGGCACGUCCUCGCCCGGCUCCGCGACGCCCUGGCCCGGCCGGCGGGGCCCGCCGUGCAGCUGCUGGCGGCCGAGGAGAGGCUGUGCGCGCCUUUGGUGGCGGCUCUCUCCGGGAUGUUGCAUACUGUGGAGGACAGCAGUACCCUGGACUUAUUCAUAGAAGUUCUGGUGCGGCUUGUAGUGGAGCUGAAGUCAGAACAGUACUUACGCUGCAUUUUGGAUGAAAGCCAGAAAGAGCUGUGCAAAGCAACUACCAUGAGAGGCAGCCUGCCUACAUUCACUCUCUUGGGCAAGCUGGCAGAUGCCAUCCCAGGCUUUGCUGAUAUACUGGUAGUAGAGCACAGUAAUUUAGUGGAUCAUCUGCUGAUGGGAUUGGCAUACCCAAAUGAAGGUAUAAAGGCUGCUGUCUGCUACUUGUAUGGCAAGCUGUACUCCUCUCCUGUUGGCACAGAACGGCUCUCGGCACACUUCGAAGAAAGGCUGUGUGGUCUCUUCUUGAAUACCUUGGGGCAUGCGCAGACAAAGGAGCUGCAGGUUAAUUGUUUGGGUUUGCUAAAGGAGCUGCUGAAAUCUGACCAUUUUGUAUCCAUUCUUAUGAAUAAUUCAAAAGCAGAGGAGGAGUCUGAGAACCCUGACUUUUUAGAAGGGGAAAAUCCACUGCCACUUGUUCUCAAAAAGCUUUUGUUGACUAGAGAUGAGAUGUUACAGGCAGCAAGUUCUUACUGUGUGGCUGCAGUGCUGGUUCACUCUCCCAACAGAUAUGCUCCUGCUUUUAUCCACGCAGAUGUCCCAGAAUUCCUGUUUGAGUGUCUCUCGUGCAACAGUGAAAUUCUCAUCUGGUCAGUGUAUUGCUGCCUGCUCCUCCUAACUGAAGAGCGCCUUUUCUUCUCCAAGUGUCACACAGUCUAUGGCAUUGAAUCUCUGGUGAGGAGUCUCCAAGAUGUCCUGCAGCUGAACAAUGUGGAGCUGCACAAACAAGGGCUCCUGCUCUUCACUGAAAUACUGAAACGGCAACCAGUGGAAAUCAAAUUAUUCACAAACCGAGGUGUAUGUAUAGAAGCCAUUGAUGUUUUGAUGGAGACAGUGAACUGCCCGGUGCUGGAGGUGGUAGUGGAGGUUGCGAGAGCGGUGGCAGCUUUCCUGAGGAAGGACCAUCUGAGCUGCCCUCCAGUCCCAUACGAAGAGCUGCAGAAGCUGCUGGAGGCAGUGCUGAAGCGAUGUGCUGACCUUUCCCCACUACAGAGUAGCAAGAGGCAUGCAGACCUGGUCUGCUCAAGCUCUGUGGAGGUGGCUUGGAAGGUGUUGAUGACUCUAAGGACCUUCCUGGAAAGAAAUGAAGAUGUCCUUGUCUGUGACCUCCUCCGGAGUCAGUUCCUACAGAUUCUGCAGCAGCUGCUGGUAGAGAGCAGCUCAGCCUCCUUACAAGCUAACAGGAACCUGCCUGUUUUGCUGAGCCUCCUUUUCCUGGUGCAGCUGCGGAGCAAAGGUGUGAGGGAGCUGGACAGCACAGACUUCAAGCUGCUUCACCAGGUCAGUAAUCUCUGCGGGAAAUGCAGGCCGAGGGACAGUGACCUCCUGCAGCCAUCCUUGAAUUUUCUGUACUGGAGCCUUCAUGAGACAACACCUUGUAGUCAACAGAGAGCAGUGGCUGUGCUGCUUUCCAACGUGUCCUUGCUAGAGCUCCUGCAGAAGGUUUUGGAGUACACCUGGUUGCGGUCCCCUCCUUCUGAACCUGCUUACCUAUCAUCUGAGGAUGCAUUGCUCUGCUCUGGAUGGCUGCUGGUUGCAUCCCUCUUACUUUAUCAGCAUCGCUACAAUACUGAGGUUCACCAGACACUCUCUCUAGACUUAACGGCAGUCCUGAAUGCAGUCAUCUUCAGGAAGAAGCAGCCAGUCCUGCUGUUAGUAAGCAUCAUGCAGUUCCUGAGAGCUGUCCUGCGACAGAACUUCUCCUCCUCUCUGUUGGUGAUCGUUGGCGAAAACACAGCCCAAGGUGCUACGCCACCACAGCCAUCAUCGCUGCAGGAUGCUGCCUUGCACCCCCUUGCCACGUGGCAGGUCUUCUCGCUUGUUGUCAGUCUGCAGAAUCUUAUGGUGCACGUCGAGUUGCAGAAAGACUUGCUGCUCUCUCAAGCCGUGGUUGCCUGCCUGGAAACCUUAGUGGAAUACCUGUAUGUGAAGAACCAGGAUGUUGCUCUACAUGUUGCUUCACAGCCCUGGCACCGAUUCCUGCUCUUCGCACUACUCAAUGGGGGCCAGAAGUCCUUUCUGCAGCCAGGAGUUCUCAGGCUGGUGACUUUGUUUCUGAAAUAUCAGAGCAGCAAUAUUAUUUCUCAAAAAGAAAUUAGCCAGAUUCUCCAGGAGGCAGCAGAAGCCAAUUUAGCAGAGCUGCCUGAGGCCACAUCUCGUGCUCUUCACCUCUUCCUUUGUCAGAUUCAGAGCAGUCAUUGCCAGGUGGAGCCAGUGCAGUCGAGGACCAUUCAGACCUUGCUGGAGCGCCUCGUGGGACAGAGGACCGCGUGUGUAAAACAUCAGGACAUUGUGUAUCCUUUGCUGGGCAGAUGCCUUUGAUAGGUGAUGUGAGAGUGGUAGGUGUAACAGAGGUGGAAGGGAUACUUGAUCUGCUGCUCCUUCCCUUGUUCCAGCUGAAGGCGAACACAAUUGCAAAAACUCGGAGCGGUUGCUACACUUGGCUAACUUUGGGAUGAAAGGCUUUGUCAUCCCCAAAUUUGAGAAGACAUUUGGGAAAUGAGGAGACAUUUGGGACGAAAGAUGGGUGGGUCUCUGUGCUGGGAUUGCAUUCAUCUAUAUGGCAGGGGUGGUCUGAUGAAAGGGGAGCAGGCCGGGGAGCCUGUGACUUCAAAGCAGUAAUGAUCCCUGUAUUGAUCUCCCUGGAGGAUGAGAAAUCACUUAACCUCUGUCUGCGUGCUAACUAGCACCAGUACGCCCAUAAAGUCGUGGAAACCCGAAGAUGACUCGAGCACUUUCAGAGUGCAGCGAGCAUUCAGAAGCUGCCGAGUGGAGUUACUGAAUUUUGUUCUGCUCGGCCGUAGAGUCCCUUCCUGAGACCUGAAUCCUC